AUGUUGUUCAAGAAGCGCCGCAAAGAAGAGGUCGCCGUGGGCUCGCCGCCGGUCGACCAGCCCGACACCAACGAUGACCUCAAGAAGGAAGCACAGCAGGAGCCGGCCAAGGAUGCCGCCGCGAAGCCCGCAGCGCCGGAGGUGCAGUAUCCCAUGGGCUUCAAGCUGUUCCUGAUCAUGUUCUCGCUGCUUGUGUCCAUGUUCCUCGUCGCAAUGGACCGUCUCAUCAUCGCCACCGCCAUCCCCCAAAUCACCGACGACUUCCACUCCGUCACCGACAUUGGCUGGUACGGCUCCGCCUACCUCCUGACCUCGUGCGCCUUCCAGCUCCUCUUCGGCAAGCUCUACGCCUUCUUCGACAUCAAGACCGUCUUCACCGUCACCGUCGUCAUCUUCGAGGUCGGCUCCGCCAUCUGCGGCUCGGCCCCCAACUCCGUCGCCUUCAUCUUCGGCCGCGCCAUCGCCGGCGUCGGCGGCGCGGGCAUCGGCUCCGGCGCCACCAUGGUCAUGGUCCACUCCGUUCCGCUGCACCGCCGCCCCAAGUACCAGGGCCUCUUUGGUGCCGUGUUUGGCGUCGCCUCCAUCGCGGGCCCGCUGCUCGGCGGCGCCUUCACGUCGUCCAGCGCGACCUGGAGGUGGUGCUUCUGGAUCAAUCUGCCGCUCGGCGUGGCGGCGCUGUUUGUUAUCUUCUUCAUCCUGAAGGCGCCCGGACGCGGCCCGGCGGGUGGGUUGCCGUUGAAGGCUAAGCUGAAGCAGCUGGACUUUGCGGGGACAGCGAUUGUUGUGCCUGGGACGGUGUGCUUGCUGCUCGCGCUGCAGUGGGGUGGCGUCGAGUACGAUUGGAACAGCGCCCGCAUAAUCGCACUCCUCGUCCUCGCCGGCGUCUUCCUCAUCACCUUCAUCGCAAUCCAGAUCCUCUUCCCCAAGACCGCCACCGUGCCCCCGCGCAUCAUCACCCAGCGCUCCAUCGGCUUCGCCGCCUUCGCCGCCCUCACCCUCGGCGCGCAGGCCAUGAUGUUCACCUACUACAUCCCCAUCUGGUUCCAGGCCAUCAAGGGCUACUCGGCCGUCGACUCCGGCAUCCGCACCCUGCCGCUCGUGCUCACGAUGAUGGUCUUCUCCGUCAUCACCGGCGGCAUCAUCACGCGCAUCGGCUACUACAGCCCCGUCAUGAUCGCCGGCAACGUCCUCAUGUGCAUCGGCGCGGGCCUCCUGACCACUUUAAGAGUGAACUCGGGCGCCGCGGCGUGGGCGGGGUACCAGGUCAUCUACGGCGUCGGGAUGGGGCUGAUCUUCCCGACGGUCAACAUCGUCGCGCAGACGGUGCUCGAGCUCAAGGACAUCUCGAUCGGGAUCAGCAUCAUGAUGUUCAUGCAGACGCUCGGCGGCGCGGUGAGCAACUCCAUCGGGCAGAGCAUCCUCAGCAACGAGCUCGUGAGCAGGCUGAGGGGUGUGCCUGGGCUUGAGGGCGUGGAUCUAAGGGGGGAUGGCGCGACGACUGUGGUUAAUCUCCCGGACGACGUCAAGGGGGCGGCGCUGGAGGCGUAUAACGAGUCGUUGAGGACGGUGUUUAUUGCGGGUGUGAGUUUGUGCUGUGCGGUGAUUAUUGGCACGGCGGGCGUGGAGUGGAAGAGUGUAAAGAAGGAGGAGCAGGCGAGGAAGAAGGCGAAGGAGGAUGCGGAGGCGGCGAAGGCUGCGGCUGGGGAUGUUGUUCUAGCUGCGGCGCCGGCGCCUGCUGUUGAGGAGAAGGUUGAGGGAGAGAAGGAAGUGAGGAAAGAUGGGGUAAGGAAAGGAGAAGAAAGGGAACGAUGA